AUGGCUACUCCGCUCACAGACCAGGAAAAACGGAAACAGAUAAGCAUAAGAGGUAUUGUCGGGGUAGAGAAUGUCGCAGAGUUGAAAAGGGGCUUUAAUCGCCACUUGCAUUUCACUUUAGUGAAAGACAGAAACGUUGCCACGCCGCGAGACUAUUACUUCGCUCUCGCGCACACGGUGAGGGAUCACCUUGUUGGUCGUUGGAUCAGGACGCAACAAUUUUAUUAUGAAACGGACCCGAAGCGUGUGUAUUACCUUUCUCUUGAGUUUUAUAUGGGGAGAGCGCUACAGAACACCAUGAUCAGUUUGGGACUUCAGAAUGCCUGUGAUGAGGCCAUCUACCAGUUGGGCUUGGAUAUGGAGGAUUUAGAGGAUAUGGAGGAGGAUGCUGGGUUGGGAAAUGGAGGACUGGGUCGGCUGGCAGCAUGUUUUCUCGACUCCAUGGCAACACUGGGCUUGGCUGCAUAUGGUUAUGGGAUCCGCUAUGAGUACGGAAUCUUCAACCAGAAAAUCAAAGAUGGCUGGCAGGUGGAGGAGGCUGAUGAUUGGCUGAGGUAUGGGAAUCCAUGGGAAAAGGCCCGCCCUGAGUACAUGCUUCCGGUGCAUUUCUAUGGACGAGUGGAAGAGACUGAGGAGGGACCCAGAUGGGUUGACACGCAGGUGGUAUUGGCUAUGCCCUAUGAUACUCCCAUUCCUGGCUACAUGAACAAUACUGUGAACACCAUGAGACUGUGGUCUGCCCGUGCUCCCAAUGACUUCAGCCUCCGAGACUUCAAUGUUGGUGAUUACAUUCAGGCUGUUCUGGACAGAAACCUGGCUGAGAACAUCUCCCGAGUGCUUUACCCCAAUGACAAUUUUUUUGAAGGUAAGGAGCUGCGACUAAAGCAGGAGUAUUUUGUGGUGGCAGCAACGCUGCAGGAUGUGAUUCGACGAUUCAAGACCUCGAGGAAGAAUAGCUCCACCCCUCUAUCUUUUGAAAGCUUCCCUGAUAAGGUGGCCAUCCAAUUGAAUGACACUCAUCCUGCUAUGGCCAUCCCUGAGCUCAUGAGGAUCUUUGUGGACAUUGAGAAACUGGAGUGGGACACGGCAUGGGAUCUCACUAAGCGCACGUUUGCAUACACCAAUCACACAGUGCUGCCCGAGGCGCUGGAGCGCUGGCCAGUUCAGCUCCUGGAGACACUCCUACCACGCCAUUUACAGAUCAUAUACCGGAUCAACCAGAUCCAUUUGGAUCACAUAGCAUCCUUGUUCCCGGGGGAUAUGGGUCGUUUGCGCAAGAUGUCUCUAGUGGAGGAGGAGUGGGGAAGAAGAGUGAACAUGGCUCACCUCUGCAUUGUAGGCUCGCACGCCGUUAAUGGCGUUGCCGAGAUCCACUCCAAGAUCAUCAAAACAGACACAUUCCGCGACUUCAGUGAACUGGAACCAGAAAAGUUCCAGAACAAAACAAAUGGAAUCACACCAAGACGUUGGCUUCUCCUUUGUAACCCAGGCCUGGCAGAUCUGAUUGCAGAGGCAAUUGGAGAGGACUACGUGAAAGACCUGACACAGUUACAGAAGCUAAAUGAUCUAGUGGACGUUGAUGCAUUCAUCAGAGAUGUUGCUAAAGUUAAACAGGACAAUAAGCUCAAGUUUGCUCAGUAUCUGGAGAGAGAGUGCCAGGUGAAGAUUAAUCCUGCAUCUAUAUUUGAUGUUCACGUGAAGAGGAUUCAUGAGUACAAACGGCAGCUCCUUAAUUGCCUUCAUGUCAUCACAAUGUACAACCGCAUCAAGACCAACCCAGCUGCACCAUUUGUAGCACGCACUGUCAUUAUAGGGGGCAAGGCUGCUCCGGGAUAUCACAUGGCUAAGAUGAUCAUUAAGCUCAUCACCUCUGUUGCUAAUGUCGUCAAUAAAGACCCGGUUAUCGGCAAUAAGCUGAAAGUCAUUUUCCUGGAGAACUACAGAGUCUCUCUUGCAGAGAAAGUGAUACCUGCCACAGACCUGUCUGAGCAGAUCUCCACCGCAGGCACAGAGGCAUCAGGUACAGGGAACAUGAAGUUCAUGCUGAACGGCGCUCUGACCAUCGGCACCAUGGAUGGGGCCAACGUGGAGAUGGCGGAGGAGGCCGGCCAGGAAAACCUCUUCAUCUUUGGCAUGAGUGUGGAACAAGUGUUGGCUUUGGACCAGAAGGGCUAUGACGCGAUGCAGUACUACAUGGCAAUGCCAGAGCUGAAGCAGGUCAUUGAUCAGAUUAAGACUGGCUUCUUCUCCCCCAAACACCCUGAGCUGUUCAAUGACAUCACUGACAUGCUGUUCAAGCAUGACCGUUUUAAGGUAUUUGCUGACUAUGAGUCAUAUGUCAAGUGUCAGGAGAGAGUCAGUGCUCUGUAUCAGGAUCAAAAGCAGUGGACUCAAAUGGUGAUUAAGAACAUUGCUGCUUCUGGAAAAUUCUCCAGUGACCGCACUAUCACAGACUAUGCCACCCAAAUCUGGGGUGUGGAGCCGACUGACCUGAAGAUCCCAUCUCCAAGUGAGCCGCGUGAAGCUAUUGAGGAAACUGCACGUGCGCUCCGCAAGAUUUGAACACACGUUAGGAUGUUACCACAGUACUACUUUAAUGUUUUCAAAGUAAUAUUCAGCCAGUGCUACAACAUUACCUCCCUGCAGAUGUCUAUAACUACUCAGUUUUCACAUGAUCUGAAACAGUGAAUCAUAAGUGACUGACAUAUGGUCCAAGCGCCACAAUUAUGAGUGAUUGACAUAUGGGUCCAAGCUCCACAAUCAUGAGUGAUUGACAUAUGGGUCCAAGCUCUACAAGGAUGGAAAGGAUUACAGCAUUGUGAGAUGCAGUAUGUCAGGAAAAUGAGUGUUACCAACUGUGCCAAUUUCGUCACUUGAAAUGGUUGCUCUGGUCCACACUGAUUGGUCUCUUUUGCAAGUAAACAAUGAAAGCAUUGUGUAAAUCAGUUUCUGAUUAAGUGUUAACCGUAUAAUGACUACAGUGACACUUUAAGGUCAGUGACCUAUACUGACUUCAGACCAGCGGACUCUGCUGCUUUAAAAUCUCUAACCGCAAAGUACAUUAUAUGAUUUGUGGAUGAGUAAUUGUAUUCCCCCAUGUCACAUCAUUCCCACUAUUAGACAUAAGGGCAUAUUAGAGCAACCAAGCAUCCUGCCACUGUAUCUUUAAAAUUCUUACACACACAUACCACAACACAUUCUCCUGCUGCCAAUGGGGUACAGUGAAGUUACCCAAUACGGCCGUAGCGAUCGUUAGAAGACACUGCACAGCUGUAAACCACUAGUCCUAAAACACAGUGUGUGGCUACAGCAGUCACCGUCACGCACCUCCGUGCUUUGCUACUGCAGUACACGCGGUGCAGUGUGACUCAGUUCAUGCAGUCAUACUGAAGAUUACAGUCCAGAUCCACUGGGUGCCAACCAUCUGCUCUGAUUGGAACACACGUUAAAGCCUCUUCUGUGGCAUCCUAGAUAUAUUCUGAAGGUCACUUUCUUGAUGCGAUUUAUGGGAUUGUCAAAAGGGUGAUUUAAAUGCAAUCUAAUUGCAUG